AUGGUUUCGUUCUUCAUCGUCCUCUUUUCCUUCUUCUUCCUCAGCAUCCCUGUCUCUACCACCGAUACGAUUUCCGCUGACUCCACUCUCUACGGAGACCAGACAAUCUUCUCCUCCGGCGGAACUUUCAAAAUGGGUUUCUUCCAACCAGGUAACUCUAAAAACUUCUACAUAGGUAUGUGGUACCAACAACUUCCUGUACAAACAGUCGUCUGGGUAGCUAACCGUGACAAACCAGUCUCCGACAAGAACACAGCAGUUCUCAAAAUCUCCAACGGUAACUUAGUUCUACUCGAAGGAAACAACCGGACUCCGGUUUGGUCCACGGGUCUCAACUCUUCCUCUGCUGCUUAUUGA